AUGGCACCGCCGGCAGCGGGCCCUCAACCAGGAGAGCGCCCGUUGGUGCUCUCUGGCGGCACGCUGGGCUUCGCAGGGUUCCUCCCACUCGACGCGAAAGUCAGGAAGGUCAACUUCCACCCCGUGCUGCCGCUCGCGCUCAUCACGGUCGACAGGGAGGCCCUCGUGUGGGACGUCAUCGCGAACCAGGUCGUGCGCACGAUCCGCCCGAAUGACCCGGACUUCGCCAAGGACCUUGACCUCGAGGUCCGCCUGCAGACCCAGCGGCGGGCCGGUGAGGCGUUCCGUGGCGACAUGCUUCCUGCGGACACCAAGCACCCGCCCGCCGCGCCCGUCGGCAACCUGCUCGCGGCGACGUUCUGCGACGCGGACGCCCUGUACUGGCAGGAACACAACGUCGCUACGAUGACCGAGCGCAGCCCCACGGACGCGUCAGUGCCGGCGCCGGGCGUGCUCACCGAGUGCCCCCCGACGCUCCACGGGCGCCGUUGGGUCCUCCUCGUGUGCGAGCAGCGCGCCGUCCUGUACGACCUCGUCACAGGAGACUCCUCCGUCGUCCUCCGCCGCGACCUGGGCGCCAAGGCCUUCACAACAGGCCUUGCCUUUUCUAUGCUGUCCGUGCCCGGGCCCGUCGCGACCCCGCGGGCCCGCGGACCGUUCUUCGCCCUGGGCUCGCAGGACGGCGCGGUGCGCGUCCUCGACGCCGACCUCCGCGCCGUCGCCGUCCUCGCCCCCGCCGACGGCUGCCGCGCGGUGACGUGCCUCGCCGUCGCGCCCGGCGCCACCUCCGCGGCGCCCCCGACGCUCGCCGUCGGCACCGCCUGCGGCGGCGUCUACCUCUACCGCCUCGGCGACUCGCUCACCGCGUUCCGCGCCGCUCCGCACCCCGGCGCGCCGCUCCCGAAGCUCGAACCGCGCGCGUUCCGCGCCAAACUGCACGGCGCCCCCGUGCGCUGCAUCGCGGCGCUGCCGGCGACCGGCGCCUCGUCCGACGCGCGCCUCGUCAGCGUCGGCGAGGGCCGCAUGCUCAUCGUGCACGCGCUCCCGACGCUCGACGCCCGCGCCGCAACACGCCCCCUCAACAUCCGGGGCUACUGCAGCGCCGUGGCGUACUGCCCCGCGAUGUUCCCGGCCGACGUGGCGCUCGUGUCGCCGCAGGUCUCCGCGGUGCUCGUCAUGCCGAGCUCGGUCCGCGCCAACAUCCUCGAUAAGGGCUCGCACAAGGGGAAAGACAGGGCCGCGGUGGCGAUGCCGCUGGACAAGCUGCCGAAAGGCCAGAAGGACGCGCCGAAGCUGUACUGCCUCGAGGUGCACCCGACGCGGCCGGAGAUCGUCGUCGUCGGCGCGAACGCCGGCGUGGCGGUGCUGAAGGUGCGCGCCAAGGGGUCCCCGUGGCCCGCGUGCGCGGCGGCGCCGCUCGGGCGGGCGGUGCGGCUGCUGGGCGGGACGCCGACGUCCGCGCGGGACAAGAACGUGCCCGUCGAGGUGCUCGUGAACCCGAGCGGGCCGAAACUGGGCGUGGUGCGGUAUCGGCUGGAUCCGACGGCGCUGGACGAGCUGGGCAGGGCGGAGCCGGGGGGGUGUCCGAAGGCGGGGGCGGUGCUGCAGGCGGCGGGCGCGGACAAGGUGCCGGACAUCGCGUGGCCGAUGCUGGAGCGGCACCCGGAGAAGCCCGUGAUGGUGGCGCCGGCCGCGGGGGGCGCUGUGGGUCUGGUGACGCCGAUCGUCCGGAAGUGGAUGGUGGUCGCGAAGGAGCCCAAGGGGUGGGUGCGCCUGGACAUGGGCGAGGGGACGUCUCUCGCGUUCAGUGCGGACGGGAGCUCCUUUGCCGUGGUCAGCACGCCGCCGGUGCAGAUCCCGAAGGCGCCGAACGAGGCGAAGAAGCUCCGCGGGAAGAAGGCGGCGGAGGCAGCGCAGGCGGCGCGGCAGCGGGCGAUGGCCGCGGAGGCCGCUGCGAUAGCGUCUGCGAAGGUCACGUUGCGCAUCGUCAAUAGGUCGUCGUCCGGCGCGCUCAGCACGGAGGAGCUGCAGCCCCUCCCGCUCUCCGACGGGCGCGUGCCCGUCAAGGUGCACGGGGGGGGUCUCCUGGGGGUUGUUUACACGCACAGCUCCACGGGCGCAGUGCAGCGGCUGCAGUUCUACGCCUGGCUCACCAUGGAGGCCCUCGGGCCGGACCUCCCCGCGCCCACGUGGCUCGAGUGGUCCCCCACCGCCGACCUCUGCGCCCUGGGCCACAGUCACGGUUUGGAUAUCUUCGGGCUCACACUUCUAGAUAUAGGCGACUGGCGCUUCCACCACGUCGCGACGCUGCCGAUCUACGCGUCCCAGAGCGGCGCCUGGGCCGUGUCCCCCGGCGGCCGGCGCCAGCUCCUCAUCACGACCCCAGACGAGGUCCUGCUUGCCACACUCGGCGGCGAGGGCUCGGCCGGUCCGGCGGGCGCGAGCGGCGCGGCUGUGCAGACCGCCGUCGUGGCGUCCUUCGCGACGCACCCAGUCUCCCACGCGCCCGCGGGCGGCCCGGACGGCCCCGGCGCGGCGCUGGCAACGGCGGCGGCGAUGACGUCGCAGCCGCGGCCAAUCGGCGCGCUUCGAGCGCUCGGGCUCGCGAACGGGCACGCGUGGGUCGUCGACACCCGCGGCUGGCCGCACGCGUUCGCGCUGGUGCAGCCCACCGCGGCGCUCGGGCAGGCGGUCAGCGACGGCAGCGCCCGCCGCGCAGCGGCGGUGGUCAAGGCCGGCUGCAAGGCGCUCGGCGGCGUGCUCGGGAGGGACGCGGUCGCGGGCCUGCUCGCAGAGGCCGUCGCGAACCAGGGCCGCGAGGCCUGCAAGCUCGUCCUGCAGAGCCAGGCUCUCCCGCUCAUCGCUGAGGUUCGCGCCGCCAUCAUCGCCGGGCAGUUCUCGAGGGCGCUCGAGUGCCUCCAGGAGCUCCUCGGCGCGCGGCCGUCGCGCGAGGAGAUCGCCAAGGGUUGGCUCGUCGACCUCGCGGACCCGGGCGAGCCGGCCGCCAGCAGCGCCGCGGAAGACCCGCAGUCGAUGGAGGACGCUUUCGCGGCGAUUGAGGCGACGAUCGCCGGGGGGCGGGACGCGGCGGGGACACAGGCGUCCGUGUCGGGCGCUGAGCCGGCGGACCGGUCCGGGAACGCGGCGGCGACGGACGACGUGUUUGGUGGGUUUGGUGGGGGGGGGGCUGACGCGGAGGACGGGCUGGACUGGGGGUUCGCGGCGGGGGGCGUGGACGACGAUUUCGGGUUCGGGGACGGCGACGGCGGCGCGGGGGAGUUCGACGACAUGCUCGAGAAGGUGCUGGCCGGGCGGGAGGCGGACGCUGCUCCGCCGGCGGCCGGCGGCGGCGCGGUCGCGGGGAGUGCCGGCAGCAGCUCGUACGACGAUCCGUUCGGCGGCGACGACGCGUCGUCGUCGUCCGGCGGCGUGCCGGAGGGCCUGGCUGCGCCGGCGGGCGAUGGCGAUGGCGAGGGUGCGGGCGGCGACGGCGGGCGCAAGAUGAUUGCGUGGUCGCUCGACGGCAGCGACGAGAGCGGAGCGGCGGGCCCGGACAGCAGCGCGGCGGACGCCCGGCCGCGCGAGAGCCAGGCGGAGUCCGCGGCGGCGGCGCUGGAAGGCUACGGGCGCGACGCUGGCGACGCCAAGGCGGCCCAGGAGCUCCGCGACCUCUUCGGCGGGGCAGACGAGGACGCGGACAAGGCGUGGGGCGUCGGGAGCAUCGACGGGGACGAGGAGGACGACCUCGACGCAGCGCGGCCGGUGGGGAGCAAUCCGUCGGACUGGGGGGAGGACGCAGGACACGAGGGCGUGCGGCCGGCGCUCGGGCUGCUGGACUGGGACGCGUACUUGGCGAGGCACCAAGCGGAGCAGAGCCUGCGCGCUCAGCCCGAGGCCGUCGCCGCGACGGAGAGCAACGCCCCGCGUGGUGCGGCGCAGCGCGACUCUCUCCUCGGGCGCGCCGUCGCCGGGCCCGUCGUCGUCGCCGAGGCCUCGCGCCUCGUGCAGGCUGCGUGCCGCGCGGGCGAGGCUCGCGCGGCCGCGGAGGGGCUCGGCCUCCUGCUCAGCGUCAUGCUGGCAGGCAUGGCAGGCCCCGGCGGCGGCGAGGCGCUGACGGAGGCGCUGCGCGCGCUCGCGCUGCUGCGCGGCGGCGGCACGGCGACCGCGCAGAUCUGCACGUCGGUCGCGCGGGCGCUGGCGUCGGCGUGGAGCGACAACAGCGGCUCCGCGGGCACGCUGGACGCCGGGGCGGUGGACUCGCUGCUGUUCGCGGCGGCGAUGAGCGGGAACAGCGCGUUGAUGCAGGGGCUGCUGCCGCGGGUGGGGCUGCCGGGGCUGGCGGCGGCGAUGCGUGUGGCGCAGUCGGGGGGGAGUGAUUUGAUGGGGGGUGUCGUCGCGGAGGGGGCGCUGCGGAGCUGGAACGCGGCGCUGCAGGAGUGCGCGGGGCCUGACGCGCCGUACGUGGCCGUGGAGAUGUGA